AUGAGAGUAACAACAAAUCGAACAUCAAAACUUCAAACAGCAACACGUACGAAAGCAUCAACAACAACUAUAUUGAAUGAACAAACAGGCCAUUUACAAAAUGGUACAACUAUAGUUUCACCAACAUCAUCGAAUAAUAGUUCACUUCGUUUAAUUGAUUCAGGUGAUUAUUUAUCAGCAGCAGUUUCUCCACAACAGCAUCAACCUGUAACAACAUCAACGAUGCUUCAAUAUUUACAACCAUCACCAACUGCAAUACAAAAUAUGCUUAUUCAACAGAUAUUAACAAGUCCCGAACAGCAACGUCUACUCGUGGAAAAAAUCAAUCAACAAUUGAAUGAACAAAUACAACUUAAUCUUGUUCAACCAACAACAACAACAACGCAAACAACAAAUAAUUCAGACGUUAUUAAACAAAUUCAAAAUCAACUUGCUAAUCAACAAUUACUUCUUCAACAAGUUUCAUCUAAACAGCAGCAACAACAACAACAACAACAACAAAUUCCUAGUCUGUUUAGCAUAACAAAUUCAAAUAAUAAUCAACCAACAACAGCGACUGUUCAAUAUUUAACUACUACACCUAAUAAUUCGUCUACUGCUGGCUUAAAUAUUCUCGGAAAUAAUAAUACUGAAGCACGAAUUGUUAUGCCAGCAACAACUAUUAAUCGUUCAUCAACAAUUACAAAUCAACAACAAGAUUCUACUAAUCCAUUAUUUCAACGAAAUUAUUGUCGAUGGCCAAGUUGUGAUACAUUAUGUUCAACAUUAAUAGAUUUUAAUCGACAUCUUAGUGAUGAACAUUCACUUGAUGAUCGUUCAGUUGCACAAGCACGUGUACAACAACAUGUUGUUCAACAACUUGAAGCUCUUUUAACACGUGAACGUGAAAUAUUACAAGCUAUGAUGAGACAUUUACAUGGUGGUUCAACAAAUACAAAUGGAGCAACAUCAUCAAAUUCAAAUACAACAUCAACACAUAUUAUAACACAACCAGCAACACGUACAUUAACAACAUCAGCUCCAUAUCAUCAUACAUUAACUACAAAUACACGUGCAGCACAGUUAGCAUCAUUAUCAUCUCCAGCAUCUUCAUCAUCAUCGAUUAAUAAUACAUCUUCAUCAACAAAUGCACUUCAUCAUUUACCAAUAGUUAAAUUAGAAAAUGCAUUUUUAACAUCAGCUGGUGUUGUAACAACAACAAAUUCACUUGAUUCAUAUCAUACAACAACACCACAAGAUCUUUCAUCAGGUACAAAUGCAACAACAUCAGCUAUUUUACGUGCUAGUGCAUCAAGUUCACCACCACCUGUUCAUACGGUUGAAGAAGAAGUUGGAGAUGACACACAAGAUGAUGAUGAUGAUGAUGUUGAUGAUGAUGAUAUGGAUGAUACAAAUGGUGAUUUAUCAACACAUACAGGUCCAAAUGGUAGUAUAUUACCUGUACUUAAUAUGAAUAAACAUCGUCUUAGUCGAAAAUCAAAAAAUAUGUUAGCAUUAGGUGGUAAAAAACCUGGAAAAGGAAAAGAAUUAAAAAAUCGUGAUUAUUAUAUGACACAUGAUGUACGUCCACCAUUUACUUAUGCAACAUUAAUUCGUCAAGCUAUUAUUGAAUCUCCAGAUAAUCAAUUAACAUUAAAUGAAGUAUAUAAAUGGUUUGAAGCACAAUUUCUUUAUUUUCGUAAAAAUGCACAAACUUGGAAGAAUGCUGUACGACAUAAUUUAUCAUUACAUAAAUGUUUUAUGCGUGUAGAAAAUAUUAAAGGUGCCGUGUGGACGGUUGAUGAAAGUGAAUUUUGUAAACGACGUUUAACACGAGGUGCAGAAAAAGGAAACAAUCACAAUGAAUCAUCAUCAUCGUAUGGACAUAAUACAUCUGCACGUUUAUCUACUGGUGAAGAUCAAGCACUUUAUUCUUAUCCAUUUGGUAUCGAAGAUGAUUACAAAGAUUUUAAAGGUUUAUUAAAUCCUCAUGAAUUAGCAUUAGGUAGUAGUCAUUCUCGUGGCGGUCAUGGUGAUGAAGAUGAAGAAGAUGGAGAUAAUUCUGAUAGUAUAAAUGGAAAUGGUGGUGAUCAUCAUGAUCAAUCCGCUGAUAUGAAUCAUAGUCAAUAUGAUCAAACUGACGAUGAUGAUGGACAAAAUGAUAUGAGUUUAGCACAUGGUGACGAUGAACAAGUUGAUGAAUAA